UUCAACCGCGAAUUUGGAACUUUUUCCCCUAUAUUUUAAUAUUUUCUCUCUUUCCCUUUCAAAACCGCUCUUUCAACUCCUUCGCCUUUAUUUUCACUCUCCCCAUCUCUGACUCUUCUACCCUCUCUACUCUAUAAUUUGAGCUCAGUUUUCCUUUUCACUCUUAAUCUCAUACUAAAUUCUCAAUUUUUGGUUGUACAAUUUUCAAUAUUUGGUACAUUUUACGAUUCGGUCUCCGAUCGGUCACUUGCUUUGGCAAGAUCUGGUGUUGUGGAAUUUUUUCUACUCAGCAUCUUCCGACCUUUUUAGGAUUUCUUAUAUAGCCAUGGCUGCUGGCUUGGGUGGUGACAUUUCUAAUGACAAUGUUAAUGACCAUGUUGAUCCUCAGAGGACUUACCAAGUUGUUGUUGCUGCAACUGAAAGUAUGGGUAUUGGUAAGGAUGGGAAACUUCCAUGGAGAUUGCCUUCUGAUCUUAAAUUUUUCAAAGAUGUUACCGUGACUACAUCAGAUUCAUCAAAAAAGAAUGCUGUUAUAAUGGGAAGAAAAACUUGGGAAAGUAUUCCGCUUGAGCAUCGUCCUCUUCCUGGUCGACUUAAUGUAGUUUUGACUCGUUCAGGGAGUUUUGAUAUUGCAACCGCUGAGAAUGUUGUGAUAUGUGGAAGCAUGAAUUCUGCUUUGGAAUUAUUAGCAGGAUCUCCUUACUGCCUGUCAAUUGAGAAAGUGUUUGUUAUAGGAGGUGGAGAAAUUCUUAAGGAAACCCUCAAUGCACCUGGAUGUGAUGCUAUUCACAUUACAGAAAUUGAGGGAAACAUUGAAUGUGACACUUUCAUCCCAGCUAUUAAUAAUUCUGUAUUUCAGCCAUGGUAUACAUCUUUUCCAUUGGUUGAGAAUAAAAUUCGAUACUCAUUCACGACUUAUGUCCGGGUAAGGAAUUCAAUAAUUGAAGACUGUAAUCAGCCAAAUGAUGUGACUCCCCUUAGUAGCUCUGGUUCUGCUAAGACAGAGCUCAAAACAUUCACUUUCUUACCUAAAAUGAUUUUUGAGAGACAUGAAGAAUUCAAGUAUCUGAGACUUGUUGAAGACUUAAUCUCUAAUGGCACCUUAAAGGAUGAUAGGACUGGGACUGGAACUCUGUCAAAGUUUGGCUGUCAGAUGAGGUUCAAUCUUCGAAAAUCUUUUCCCUUGCUUACAACUAAGAAGAUUUUCUGGCGAGGCAUCCUUGAAGAACUUUUGUGGUUUUUAAGUGGUUCAACAAAUGCCAAGGUACUGCAGGAAAAGGGGAUUCAUAUAUGGGAUGACAAUGCAUCUAGAGAUUACCUUGACAGCAUUGGUUUGACUGAGAGAGAAGAGGGUGACUUGGGACCAGUGUAUGGGUUCCAAUGGAGACACUUUGGUGCUAGGUAUACUGACAUGCACGCUGACUACACUGGCCAAGGAUUUGAUCAGCUGAUGGAUGUUAUCAACAAGAUAAAAAACAAUCCUAAUGAUAGGCGGAUCAUACUUUCAGCUUGGAAUCCUUCUGAUCUCAAACUGAUGGCACUUCCACCUUGUCACAUGUUUGCGCAAUUUUAUGUGGCCAAUGGGGAGUUAUCUUGUCAAAUGUAUCAACGCUCAGCUGACAUGGGUCUUGGAGUGCCAUUUAACAUUGCAUCGUAUGCCUUGUUGACAUGCAUGAUUGCUCAUGUUUGUGAUCUUUCUCCGGGUGACUUUGUCCAUGUGAUUGGGGACACUCAUAUUUAUCGCACUCACAUCAGACCUCUGCAGGACCAGCUUCAGAAGAAACCUAGACCUUUUCCGCAGACGCUGAAGAUCAAUUCUGAGAAGAAGGAUAUUGAUUCCUUUGUUGCUGCUGAUUUCAAGCUUAUUGGUUAUGAUCCUCACGAGAAAAUAGAAAUGAGAAUGGCAGUAUAGACUUGCUUACAAGUGAGAGAGGGAUCGUAUGGAAACUGUUCUUUUCAUCUUAUUUUUGAGGCUAUGGCAAAACGGCUGUGCUUAACUACUAAAUAUCGAGAAGAUUACUGUCUGAAGUUUCAUAUAGAACUGGUGGUUUAUAGGUCAUUUUAGAUCAUGUAAUCAACUUGAUUUUUCUCUCUUUUUGUUGUGAUGUUGGAAGAGCACUCGCUUUUUUGCUUUCUCUUAUGAUACUCGUACUCUUUUUUGAAGUUUUCUUCCAUGCUUUCAUUUGGUUAA